AUGGUUUUCCUCCGGAGUCUGUCCGCUCUUCUCCUGUUCCGCGUGUUUUCGACCUUCGCCUCUGCUCAGAAGUUGACGGCAGCAACGGUGUACUGGGACGCGCUCCACAAGCGUGUCCUGCUGAAGGAGGGGGUGCUGGAGGUGGAGGGGGACGCUUACGGCUACCUGAACAACUCCCUGGCCAGCACCGGCUGGAGCGUCUUAGAGAUCCGUGCCGGAUAUGGAAAAACCCCAGAAAGUGACGACGUGACUUUCUUCCUGGCUGGUUACCUGGAAGGUUUCCUCACCGCGCAGCAAAUGAUGGAUCACUACGCCAACAUGUACCCGCAGCUGAUCCAUGACCCGAAGGUCCUCGGCCCGGUGCAGGACUUCAUGACGAAGCAGGACUCGUGGGUCAGACAGCAGGUGAAACAGAACAAGAGCUCCGAUCCUCUGUGGAGGCACGCCGGCUUCAUCGUGGCUCAGAUGGACGGAUUACAGGCAGGAGUGGCAGACUGGGCCAAAAAACAGGGCAAAAAGCCGCUGUCGUAUUUUUCCAUCCAGUUCUUGAACGCAGUGGGAGACCUGCUGGAUCUGAUCCCGGCCAUCGUCCCGGACUCCGGCCGUCUGCUCAGAGACUUCAAGCUUCCGGGGAUGGGGCACUGCUCCGCGCUCAUCAAGAUGCUGCCGGGCUUCGAGAACCUGCUGUUCGCUCACUCCAGCUGGUACACGUACGCUGCCACCAUGCGGAUCUACAAACACUGGGAUUUCCGUAUCGCUGAGCCAAACACUGCAACUGGGAAGCUGUCUUUCAGCAGCUACCCGGGCUUCCUGGUGUCUCUGGACGACUUCUACCUGCUGGGCAGCGGUCUGAUGAUGACCCAGACCACUAACAACGUCUUCGACUCCUCCCUCUUUGACAACAUCACGCCCAACAGCCUGCUGGCGUGGCAGAGGGUCAGGCUGGCGAACAGUCUGGCUCGCAGCGGGGAAGAAUGGGCCAAAACCUUUUCCAUGCACAAUUCUGGCACCUACAACAACCAGUACAUGGUUCUGGACAGGAGCAAAGUGAAACUGGGCCACAGCGUUGAAGACGGUGCGCUGACGGUGGUGGAGCAGAUCCCAGGGUUGGUGGAGUAUUCCGACCAGACGCAAGCUCUGCGCAGAGGUUUCUGGCCGUCCUACAACAUCCCCUUCCACCCCAAGAUCUACAACCUGAGCGGUUAUGUGGAAAUAUGGAAGGAGUACGGAGACGACUUCUCCUACGAUCUGUGUCCCCGAGCCAAGAUCUUCCGCCGUGACCAGGGGAACGUCAAAGACCUGGACUCCCUAAAGCGCAUCAUGAGAUUCAACGACUAUAAGAAGGAUCCGUACUCCAAAGGCGACCCCUGCAAGAGCAUUUGCUGCCGUAACGACCUGAAGUCGGAGCGGCCUUCACCUGGAGGAUGCUACGACACUAAGGUGACAGAUUUCAACAUGGCUGGGGACUUCCGGGCCGAGGCGGUGAACGGGCCGACGACGCAGGACGGCCUGCCGCCGUUCGUCUGGGACAGCUUCCUGAACAUCACUCACCAGGGCCUGCCGCCGUUCUACAACUUCUCCUUCGUGGAGAUGCAGCCUCUUCUCUUUGCACCGUGAACCGUGCCUGCAUUGGAGACAUGAAGAAAAGGCUUUUGUUUAAUGUUUUCAUGCAUUUUUUUUCCUAUUUGACAGGAAAACAAAAAAAGAUUUAAUGUGAGUCAGUUGUUCAAUCAGGUUUUUAUACAUGUUUUACUCAGGGUAUCGUCAUGAUUUAUAUUGAGUAUAAGAACUGGAUGAUGUGUUCAUCUGUGCCUUAAACACUGACAGACACUUUAUGGUUUGAUAAAAUGCAAAAUGAAUGAGUGAAAUGGGUGUGUGUGCCAUUACAAACACUGAAGUGUUUUCUUCUUUUAAUGUGUGAGUUGAAAACAGUCGGUGCAGCGUCAUCCCCAGAGCCGCAAAUCGUCUCUGGAGAUGUGAUUUUACUGCAUGUGCUUCUUGAAUUGUGCAAAAUAAAAAGAUCUGGUUUGUUUUUAUGACA